CUGACUUCAUUGCUCCAAAGGAAACAGGAGUGAAGGACUACAUUGGCAUGUUUGCUGUAACAGCAGGCUUUGGCACCGAUGAACUGUGCAAACGAUUCCAGGCAGACUUUGAUGAUUAUAAUGUUAUCUUGGUCAAGGCCAUCGCUGAUAGGCUGGCAGAAGCCUUUGCGGAAGAACUCCAUGAGAGAGUCAGGAAAGACUUAUGGGGUUAUGCUAGUGAUGAGUAUCUGGAAGCAAAUGAUCUACACAGAAUCAAAUAUCAGGGCAUCAGACCUGCCCCUGGAUACCCCAGCCAGCCAGACCACCAAGAGAAGCAGACCAUGUGGAGUCUCAUGGGAGUUGAAGAAGCAACAGGUAUUGGGCUCACGGAAGCUCUCGCCAUGACUCCUGCUGCGUCAGUAUCUGGUCUGUACUUCGCCAACCCCAAGAGCCACUACUUCUCCGUCGGCAAAGUGGAGAAAGACCAGGUGAUGGAUUACGCAAAGCGCCGUGGGACUGAUGUCCAGGUUGUAGAAAAGUGGUUGGGUACAAAUCUGUCUUAUGAUGUGGUUGAAGAAUGAGAUACCUGAAAUAAGAAAAAGAAGAAAAAAAAUACAAUUUUGUAAAACAAAUAUACUCCAUAAUUUUCUCUUUGUAUUAAAAAAAAACAAAAAACAUGAAAUGUGAUAUUCGUUUAAUUUAUGACACACCUUUGGCUAAAUUUAUUUCAUGUUUUUGAACUUUGUAUAAUGUUCAUUUCGUGUAAACAUUCUUAUGUAACUGGAAAUAGUUGUACACUCUCCAGUCUUCCAUGACUUUGUAUUAACAUUCUAAGGACACCAGGCUGGUUAGCAUUUAACACUGCCUCCAGGAUCUGGUUUGUAUGCUCAACGUUUUUCAUUUAGAUAUUGUAUUUUCUUAAUUUUUCCCACAUUGUUCAAAGGCAUCUUUCCACAAGAGUUAAACUUUAAAGAUCAUUUGAAUUCCUCUGUAUUGAAGCUUCUUGCAGUGGCUAACAGUUCAAGCAUGUGACUCAGGGUUAACUAUUCUAUAGCUAUUGUAUAGUUUCACAUCAUAGUUUUCAUAUUAAUUUCAUUUUAAGGAAUUUUAAAGCUUAGAAGCAGUAUAUACUUUUAUAUUGUCUAAAGUAUACUAAUAUAAUUAUCAUGUCAGAGCAUAGAAUUUAAAGUAAUUUUGCUAUUAUAUUUGUGUACAUUUUUAGUGCUAUUAUAUAUGUGUAUUUUUUUAGUGUCAAUUAUUUAAAUGUAGUUAUUUAUGCAAGACAUUUAAUGAUAUAAAACCUAAGAAAAUAUAUAAGGUAACACAA